UUUGGUAACAAUGCCUGCAGCAGCGUUUGCGGUGGCUCCGGGCGGCGUCGAGUUCGAGGCUAAGAUAACGCCGGUGGUUAUUAUUUCGUGUAUAUUGGCGGCCACCGGAGGGCUUAUGUUCGGCUAUGAUAUCGGCGUGUCUGGGGGAGUGACGUCGAUGCCUUCGUUUUUGAGAGAGUUCUUUCCGGUGGUGUACGAGAGGAUUCAAAGUCACGAAGCGGAGGACAGUAAUUACUGUAAAUACGACAAUGAAAGCUUACAGUUGUUCACUUCUUCUCUGUAUUUGGCGGCGUUAACUGCCACGUUUUUCGCUUCUUACACGACCACAGUUCUUGGUCGGAAACAUACUAUGCUUAUUGCUGGGAUUUUCUUCAUUGUCGGAACUGUUUUGAACGCCACCGCCGUCAGCCUCCUCAUGCUCAUUCUUGGAAGAAUCUCUCUGGGUUGUGGCGUUGGAUUUGCCAACCAGGCGGUGCCUCUGUUUCUAUCAGAGAUAGCUCCGACAAGGAUUCGUGGAGCUUUGAAUAUUCUGUUCCAGUUCGACGUAACCGUCGGAAUUUUGUUUGCGAACCUCGUCAAUUAUGGCACAUCCAAAAUCGAAGGAGGAUGGGGCUGGAGGGUAUCACUGGGGCUGGCGGGUGUUCCAGCAUUGCUAUUGACUCUCGGUGCAAUCUUGGUGGAUGAUACUCCAAAUAGCUUGAUCGAACGUGGCCAUUUAGAGAAAGGAAAAUCAGUGCUGAAGAAAAUUAGAGGCACAACCAAUGUCGAGCCAGAGUACAUGGAGAUCGUCGAGGCAAGUCGCAUUGCUCAAGCAGUGAAGCAUCCAUUCAAAAGCCUCCUUAAGCGGCAGAAUCGCCCGCCGUUUGUGAUAGCUGUAAUGUUGCAGAUCUUCCAACAAUUCACAGGAAUCAACGCGAUUAUGUUCUAUGCUCCUGUUUUAUUUAGCACGUUGGGGUUUGGCAGCGAUGCGUCUCUGUAUUCUUCGGUGAUAACAGGCGCUGUCAAUGUGCUAUCGACGUUGGUGUCAAUUUACUCGGUCGACAAGCUCGGUCGACGAGUGUUGUUGAUCGAAGCUGGAGUUCAAAUGUUCAUAUCUCAAAUGAUCAUCGCGGUGGUGCUCGGGUUGAAAUUGGAUGACAACACGAACAACAUGUCGCGGGGGAUGGCGAUUGUGGUGGUGUUGAUGGUGUGCACUUUCGUUUCGUCUUUUGCUUGGUCUUGGGGUCCAUUGGGAUGGUUGAUUCCAAGCGAGACUUUUCCAUUGGAGGCACGAUCGGCUGGGCAAAGUGUCACGGUUUGUGUGAAUAUGGUGUUUACUUUUGUGAUAGCGCAAUCAUUUUUGUCGAUGUUGUGUCAUAUGAAGUUUGGGAUCUUCUUGUUCUUCUCUGGUUGGGUGUUUAUGAUGUCGGUGUUCGUGGUGUUCUUGGUCCCGGAGACAAAGGGCGUUCCGAUCGAAGAAAUGACGGAGAGAGUUUGGAAGCGACAUUGGUUUUGGAAGAGAUUUAUGAAUGAUGUGUAUGAGAAAGUUUGAUUUGGUUUGCUCUUGCCUUUGAUUUUGUUGCCCAAUCAU